AUGGCAGCAUUACUUCAGUUUGUCUUUUUCAUUAAAAUUCAUAUUAUAUUAUUUUUUAUAUGGAUAUACCAUUGUCACAAUGAUGACAAACCUCACAUUAAAUCAAUAGAAAAUUUUAGAAGCCCUGAUGCAUCAUUAGCUUUAAGGAGAAAUCGAUUAUUAUGGAAAAUUAAUAUUAAAAAAAAAAAUAAGAGCGAAGAAUUAAACGAGAGCAAAAACGGUGAUAUGAACACCAUGGAUUUAAAUAACAAUAUAAAAAUGCACAAUAUUACGUAUAGUGAUCAAGAUCAUAUUAAAUCAUUAAAAGAAAAUAAAAAGAAAGAAAAAUUUGCAAAAAAAGAAUUAAAAAAAUCAUUAAUGCGUAAAAUGAAAUCCCAGAAAGUGUAUAAAAGAAAAAGACCUAAAUUAUAUAAUAUUUUUGCACUGAUAGAUUUCUAUAUUGAAAAAAAAAUAUUUUAUAGAAUGUGUAAGAUACACAAUUUGAUUAAACGCAGGAAUAUAAAUAAAAAAACAAAUGGAAUCCAUCAAUACAAAAACAUCAUAAUUAUAUUUUCUUUGCCUCUGAUCAUUUUUGCCUCAGGAUCUAUUUUUUUUCCUUUAAUGUCUUACGUAUUUAAUGAUAACAAAAAUUUAAUUUUUGGCACAUUGGUUUCUUGUGUGAUAUCAUUAUUGAUACUCGUAUAUAUUUUAAGAAAAAUUUUAAUAUGUCGUAAAUUACUUAAAUCCGAAGAAAAAAAUAAUAUAAUUGAAUAUAUUUAUUCUUUAUGA